CCUAAAGAAAACUACAUCUUAAAAACCAUUUCAACACCACACAUAUAGUACCCACCCUAAUACUUGCAAAAAGCCAAUACCAUAGUAUGUAUUUAUAGCACAAAUGAGGUAUUUGAUAGGGACGUAUCUUAUCUCUCUCUUGGAGGGAGACUGUUUACAAGAGCCUGAAGUGAUGGUACAGGGGGAAUGGCUUUAAACUGCCAGAGGAAAGGAUAAAACAGGAUAUUGGCAAGAAUUUCUUCCCUGUGAGAAUGGCAGGGUACUGACACAUGUUGCCUAGAGAAGCUGUGGCUGCCCCACCCCUGGAAGUGUUCAUGCCCAGGUUGGAUUUAUUGGAUGGGGCAUGGAGCAACCUUGGAUUGGAUGUGUCUCUGCUCAUGGCACAGGGUGGAAUGGGAUGAACUUUAGGGUCUCUUCCAACACAAACCAUCCUAGAUUCUAUAAAGACCGGCUCCCUCUUCCAAAUAAACAAUUGUUUUGUGUUGUGUAUUUACUACAGCGUUUGGGAUCUCCUGCCAUGAGUUUAUUAAAUGAUUUUGGGACUUCAUGUUGUAGAUUUAUUUGAGGUGUUUGGGGACCAUCUUAAUGAAUCGAUUAGGCUACCUUAGGGAUCUAUUGUCAUGAAGUUAUUAGAGGGGUUUUGGGAACUCUGGAUAUUUUAGAGGGCUUUGGCAUCUCAUGCUAUGGAUUUAUUAGAGGGGUUUGGGGAUCUCUGUUCAUGGAUUUAGAAGAGGUAUUUUGGGAUGUCCAGUCAUGGAAGUAUUCCAGCCUUGGCCGGUGCGUUGUAGCUCCCCUAAUAAUUCCCUUCUGAGCCUGGAAUGGCCCAGCCUGCACCUGACAGAACCAUCAAGCUUGAAAAAGACUUCCAGGAUCACCCAGUCCCAGCCUCACGCCAGCACUGCCAUCAUCACCACAAAACCACGUCCCUAAGUGUCACAUCCAGACUCCUCUUGGAAACUUCCAGAGACGGCAACUCCACCACCUCCCUGGGAAAAUUAUUCCAAGUGCUUAACCAUUCUUCCAGAGAAUUAUUUUUUUUCUCUGAUACUCACUCUGAACCUCCCCUGGCGCAACUUGAGGCCAUUUCCUCUCAUCCUUUCCCUUGAGACACAGCAACACAGCCUGAUCCCAAACCACGUCCUGUCAGGGAGUCGUAGAGAGUGGCAAAGGCCUCCCUAAGCCACCUUGUCUCCAUAAACACUCCCAGUUCCCUCAGCUCUGGAGACUUUUUAACCCCUGCCCCAGCUCUGGACAGGCCUGCCCCCAAAUUUGUGACUUUUUACCCAAAUCCACGCUUGCCACUGUCCCUUUGCUCUCCUGGGAGCAGGGAGCGACUUUGAUCUUGGCCUGCCUUGAACUCAGCCAAUUCCAGAAUUCCUGGCUAGGAUAACCUGGGAUAAUCCAGCCAACCGAGGGAGCCUUUGACAAGUUCACAAACACUGAGGUACUGAUUAACUUCACCUGUCCUAGGAUUGCCUUUGCACCCACUCCUCACGCUGAAGGUUUGGAUGCAAAAUUCAUCCUGCAGCAGGAAGGGGAGACAGGGCAUUUCGCUGCCAGCCUUCUCCUUAUCCCACUUCAGCAAACAGCUGGGGUGCCAUCAUAGGAUACAUAAAUUAACCUUUUUGUUUUUUGUGAGAAAAUGCUGUUUGCUAAACUGGUCAGUUUCCCAAUGCCCAGUUCCAAGUGUGCUUUAUAAAACUCUGUAUUUUAUCUAUACUUGUGAUGUUUUUUCUUUGUGAUUUAUAGUGGAAAAUUUAGACAGGAUUUUGGUCUUUUUCACAUCAGAGCUUCUCCCCCCUCCACUGACACUCAAAAGCUUUAUUUUCUGAAAAGCCAUCCUGAUACAUAUCUGCUCUCUGCCACCUUCCCAGUAGAAAUAAUUAGACAUUGGUAAAACAGGAAAAGGAAAUUAGGCUGGUCUGAGGAAAACAAUAUGCAGUUCAUUUUGCUGCAUGAACUGUGGUAUGAAGGGAGAUGAGAGAAGUUGUGUGCCUGAGGGAUGGAGGCUGUAUGGCUCUGAAUAUCCUGGGGUGCACUAUUUUUAAUUUUGGCAUCCAUGGCAAUGCUGUGAGGCUGGGGAAAUCACGUCUGGACUGAAAGUGCUCUUUGCCGAGUCAGGUCUGAAACCUGAGGCUCCUGUGGUUGCUAAAACACAUUUAGUGCUGGUCAGGUAUCUGGUGGGCAGGAGUUUUCAGCUACCUGAAAGCCACUUCCCAAGCUGGGAAACAGCUCUGUAAAGUGAGAUCUUGGGCUAUACAGAGAGAAGUCAGCCUCUCUCAGCCCCUCCUUGUGGUGUUCCUGGCACUGAGGAGAUUCCUGCCGGCUCAGAAGAGUCCUGAGCCUUGUCCUGUGGGUCUCCUUCUCCAUCCCUGGAGGAAACACCUGAGGAUCUGUGUCUCCAAGAUGGAGAGGCUGUUUUCAUUUGUUACUGUGGGGAUGGGAACUAAUCAGACUAAGGUUGCCUCCGUGGGUCCUGGCCAAGGUGUAACACAGGACACAACAAAGAUGAGGACUCCUGAAGGAUUGAAGUAGCAGCUUGAGGAGCUCAUUGAACACCGAAGAACACCGGUGACUCAGCAGUGGAAGGGUCACCAAACUUGUCCAACCUUUCCUUUCCAAGAAAGGAGGGAAAAGGCAAAAUAAACAAUCCACAAUCCAGAGCUGUGAAUCAUUAACUAAAGGAUUAUCACAUACAAAAAUGCAAUAAAUCCCCCCAUCAGUUGCUUUCCAAAGCACCUUCAGGCUACAAGCUGCAGGAGAAAUCUCUUCCACAGCCCCUACUCCUACCACAGCAGCAUGGCUUUGAGGCUUUGCUGUGCCUGGAUUUCCAUCGUCCUCCUCCUGCCCGGCCUCUCCGACGGAGGGAAGCUCCUGGUGGUGCCCAUGGUGGGAAGCCACUGGCUGAGCAUGCAGGAGGUGGUGGAGAAGCUGAGCCAGAGAGGACACGAGGUGGUGGUGCUGGUUCCUGAGGUGAGCUGGCAGAUGAAGACAACGCAAGCCUACAAGGUGGUCACAUACCCGGUGAGGCAGACCCUGGAAGAACUGGAUAAUGCCUUCGAGGAAUAUAUCUCUGUGCACCUGACGAAGAAGCCUUUCCCCCUCAAUGCCCUUGGGGUGUACAAGGCCUCGGUGGACGUUUUCAACACCUUCCUUGGGCAGUGCAAGGACCUGUUCCGCAGCCAGGAGACCCUGAGGUUCCUCAACCAAAGCCGCUUUGAUGCCAUCCUGACAGAUCCAAUCUUCAUGUGUGGCACCAUCCUCGCCCACCAUCUCUCCCUUCCCUUUGUGUUCUUCAUGAGGGGAUUCCCUUGCAACCUGCACUUUUCAGCCCCACAGAGCCCAAGCCCUCUGUCCUACAUCCCCAGACUCUUCAGCUUCAACUCAGACCAGAUGACAUUUUUCCAGCGGGUGGAAAAUGCUCUGAUUUCCCUCCUGGAGCUUGACUACUGCAACGGUAACUAUGCAGAAACCCUUAAGCUUUCCUCAGAAGUUCUUCAGAGGGAUGUGUCCCUCACGGACCUCGUGGACUCUGCUGCAAUUUGGAUCCUGAGGUUUGACUUUGUGUUUGAGUACGUCAGGCCAGUGAUGCCCAACAUGGUCUUUGUUGGGGGGAUCAACUGUGCUAAGAAGAAACCACUGCCUAAGGUAAGAUUCCUUGUCCUUCCAAUUCUACUUUUGCACUUUUGCCAAUGAAAAGUCAUUACGUUGUUGCAGGAGGUUUAUCAGUAUUGGGGUUUUUUUGUGUGUGUGUGUGUGUGUGUGUAAUGAUUUAAUUUGACCAGGUUUGGGUAGUUGUUUUCCACAUGCUGAAAUCAAAUAACCUUGAGAGAGACUUCUUUGAAUCAAUCAGGGUUUUGUAACAAACCAAACAAAAAUGGAAUUUCAUCUACCAGAUGUAAAGUACUGUCCUUGCUGACUAUGUGUUAUCCACCAACCAGGUCAAAUUUUGAUAUCAUUUUAAUGGUGUCUGACAUGUAUUUCUUUUGUCUGAUCACAAACCCAAGAGUCGUCUUUUGUUUUUAACUCCAGGAUCAUCAGCAU